AUGGCAACCAGCAGUAGCUUCAAGACCGAAUUCGUUGUUGGAGGGAAGUAUAAACUGGUGCGGAAGAUCGGGGCCGGCACCUUUGGGGACAUUUAUAUGGCGACCAACAUCACCAACGGCGAGGAAGUGGCAGUGAAGCUGGAAUCGCAGAAGGGCCGGUAUCCCCGGUUGCUGUACGAGAGCAAGAUCUACAAGAUUCUUCAGGGCGGUGUUGGUGUCCCCCACAUACAGUGGUACGGCCCAGAGAAAGACUACAACGUGCUCGUCAUGGACCUCCUGGGCCCCAGCCUUGAAGACCUCUUCAACGCGUGCUCACGGAAGUUCACCAUGAAAACUGUGCUGAUGUUGGCUGAUCAGAUGCUCAGCAGGAUCGAAUACGUGCAUUCCAAGAAUUUUAUACACAGGGACCUUAAGCCGGAUAACUUCCUCAUGGGCGUCGGACAUCACUGCAAUAAAUUAUUCCUUAUUGAUUUUGGUUUGGCCAAAAAGUACCGAGACAGGAAGAGCAGACAACACAUACCGUACAGAGAAGAUAAAAACCUUACUGGCACUGCCCGAUAUGCUAGCAUCAACGCACACCUGGGUAUCGAGCAAAGCCGCCGGGACGACAUGGAGUCAUUGGGAUACGUUUUGAUGUAUUUUAAUAGAGCCAGUCUACCAUGGCAAGGACUAAGGGCUAUGACAAUGAAACAAAAAUAUGACAGGAUUAGUGAGAGGAAGAUGUCCACGCCUGUGGAAGUUUUAUGUAAUGGCUUUCCUGAAGAGUUUGCUACGUACUUGAACUACUGCCGUGGGCUGCGCUUUGAGGAAACGCCAGAUUACGCGUACCUGAGGCAAUUAUUCCUCACCCUUUUCAGGAACCUGAACCACCAAUACGACUACCUGUUCGACUGGACAAUGCUAAAACAGAAAGGAACUUCUGCCAUUGGGCAGUGUCAGCAGACCCAGAGCCACACAGACAAGCAGAGUGGUAAUAAAAAGAGGGACACAUAA